AAAAAGAGGGCGUUCACCAUAAAGCAGAUCCUCUCGGAGAGGAUAUCGAGGAACGAAGGAGAAGAAACCCUAUAUUGCAUCUCUCUUUGCUGUCUCUCUCUCUCUCUCUCUCUCUGUGCUUUUCUUCAAUGGCGGAUUUGGAUAAGCAAGAGAAGGGAGGAGGAAUGAUAAAAGGCGGCGGAGUAGGGGUGGCUGGCCGAGACGGAGGCGCGGCGGCGGAGGAGGAGAUGGAGAGGUUCAUGGAACCGGAAGGGAUAUCUGUUUUGGAUUUUGACCUGCUAUGUUCGACGGUGGCGCUUCAGACGCAGGGAAAAUGGAGGAAACUGGAGAGCGACGAAGGUGGAGAUUUGGAUAACGAAUAUGGCGGUGUUGUGUUGAGGAUGUGGGAAGGUGAUGUCAUGGAUUGCUUCGAGGAUCGUCGUGUGUUCGUCGAAUCCGCUUGCUGUCCAUGCUAUAGAUUCGGCAAAAACAUGAGGAGGGCUAGUCUUGGUUCUUGCUUUAUUCAGGGUACUGUUCAUAUGAUUCUUGUCGUAGGUCUACUUUUCAACAUUGCGGCUUUUGCUGUGACUAAGAGGCACUACUAUCUCUAUUUCGCUCUUGCUUUCAUCCUUUUGGUCGGAUCCUAUCUGGGUUUCUUCCGGAUGCAGAUAAGAAGGAAAUUUAACAUUAGAGGCGCUGAUAGUUUCUUGGAGGAUUGUGUUUCCCAUCUUAUCUGUCCAUGUUGUACAUUAAGCCAGGAAUCAAGAACUUUGGAGAUGAAUAACGUGCAUGGCGGUAUAUGGCAUGGACGGGGAGACACGUUAUGCAUAGGCACCUAUCCCGAAGGGAAAGCUCUUCUUGAGCUCGGUUCACCUCCGGUCAUCUCAACCAUGUCCUCGGAACCCCUCAACAGACAACAAACUAUAUAUAACAUCGAACAAAACCCGCCUCCACAGGUGGUUGGAUCAAAUCUUUACAUGGAUUGUUCUGCCUCAUCAUCAUCAUCAUCAUUGUCAGCCGUCUUGUAAGUUGUGUCGUGGAGGAACUGUAAUGGCUGCGGAAUGGAACAGGCGAUGUGAUCUAUAACAUGUAAAAAGUUCAAGCAAUAGGCGAGUUCAAUCUUGAAGGUAGUAAAGCAAAAGCUCCUUCAGAGAUACCAGGAGGCUCCGUGGCUACACAUUGGACGUUAGAUUGUUCAUAUUUCCCCCUCAUCGUUACAUUCUGAAACUAUAUUAUAAUUUUUUCUUUUAAAAAGAUACCAACAGAAAAAAAAAAGUUUCUAAUUAAAUUAGGCAAAAGAAGACAUUGGUUUUA